CCUUGUUAAUAUUAUUAUUAUUCCCUAUUCUGGAUGGAUUUUUGGAGCUGUGUCACGUGCGUCAACCAGACCAGUUUUUCUAUGGGUCGACAACAACAACUUGAUGUAUCAUGGAUGAACGCUUCACUCGCUCCUUUGUGACCCAUAAUCAUCCUACUUCUACCAAGAAAAGUGCGGUGACACCUCAUCUGUCUCCAUAAUCCAACUUUCAGAUUCCCCAUCGGGCUCUGCAUUGAAAUUCGAAUCCCCCCAUCGAAUCUCUCUCGUCGAGUCGUCGGAUCAUUUCUUAUUGUAUACGAGAACAAACGGCAGUUGUCCCUCCCGCCUUCAAAGUUCAAAACGGAACCUGGUCACAACAACCUGGUCAUCUUACGCCUGGCAAGCUGCAGAGAUCCGUCAACCGGGAUAGAUUUCUAUUUCAAGCAUCAUAAGGCAUAGAAAAGGCAAAGAAAAACCCAAAACGUCCAUACUAUUCCAUACUAUCGUGUGGAACAUUUCAAAUACACAUCCAUACCUUCCAACCCUCUAUCGAUAAGGAAAUCCUAUUGGAUCAUCAUCCCACUCGCAAUUAACAUCAACCUUGAGCUUUCUCGCAGAUUUAUUGAUUGUGUAACCGGAACUUGGUACCUGGUCGCCUUAUAUCGGAAAAUUUCAAUCAUCAAAGCCUCAUCCGUUACGCCCUACAUUCCUUCCAACUUCAACAACCAUGAGUGGUAUGCAAACAGCAGGGGAUAUCCCCAUGAUUGUCAAGUCAGAGAACUCUGGAUCAGAGCGUCGUAUUACUCCAUCUUGGUCCAUUGGUCAACUAAAAUCAAAACUUGUACCCGUGACCGGUAUCCCUUCCUCAGAUCAAAAACUCACUCUGUGGAUCAACAAUCAACAAUCUGUCGACAUCCAAGCUCUGGAUGAAGAGAAUACACAACUGUCAAACUUUCCUCUGGCACCACACGCCGUUAUUCACGUAACUGAUACUCGCGCCCCUGGUCUCCGUGAAAAUUAUACCGAUGUCUCUGCAGUCGAGAAAUACACUCUUCCCGUAGAAUCCUACGAGAAACGCACCGACAGUGUUCUUGCGUGGAAAAAGAAUGAAAAGCUCGGACGAUUCAACCCUGAUGCUCCAACUCUCCUUGAUGCAAAACUUGCUGUCUACGAUAAUGAGAUCAAAGCCAAAGGUAUCUCUGUAGGCAAGAGAUGUAGAGUUGGAGAAGAUGAUUCCAGAAGAGGUGUAGUGAUGUAUGUGGGUGACGUUGCAGAAAUCCCUGGCGGGGCAGGAAAGUGGAUCGGAGUUAAACUUGAUGAACCUGUCGGAAAGAAUGAUGGCAGUAUAGCUGGAAAGAGAUAUUGGGGUAAAGAUGGUGAUGGAAAAUUCGGCGUCUUUGUUAGACCUGAGAGAGUGACAGUGGGAGACUUUCCAGUAAUGGACGAUUUCGAGGACAUGGAGGAAAUGUGAGAAAGCAUGCAACUCAUUUGCAUUGGGAUUGAUCUUUCCGUGGAAUCAUCCCUUUUAGAUACCUUUGAACGCGAGGCGGCGUAUAUUCGCAUAAAAUUUAAAUUUGUAUUCUCUCACUUGGGUAUGAAAUUUAUCUUUCUAUUGAUUAAGGUGUACAUCGCACGUUAUUUGAAACCCUGCCUUGUCGAAAACUCUUUUUCUUC